AUGAAUCCCCAGGUGGAGCACCUGGUCAAGAAGACAUGGGACAAAUUCUGCUCCACCCCAGAUGACACCCGCUUAAUGAUUGCCGUCAGCGGUAUCCCAGGCUCCGGCAAAACAGCCUUAGCCAAUACAAUGACCACUCAACUGAACAAAAUCUAUGCCUCCAAAAACCCCUCCUCCCCUCCAAUCGCUGCCGCAAUUCCAAUGGACGGCUACCAUUUAACCCGCGCCCAACUCUCCGCGAUGCCAGACCCCGCACAUGCAUUCGCGCGCCGCGGCGCCGCAUUCACUUUCGAUGGAGAAAAGUUCCUAGCAUUAGUGCAAGCACUGCGGGAACCCGUUUCGACGAAAUCAACUGCUGUAUACGCGCCUAGUUUCGAUCAUGCGGUUAAGGAUCCGGUGGAUGACGAUAUUGCUAUUCCGGCGACGUGUCGGGUAAUUUUUUUCGAGGGCAAUUAUUUGAGUCUUAAUAAGGAGCCGUGGAAUUUAGCCGCGGGGCUGAUGGAUGAAUUGUGGUUUGUGGAUGUGGAUUUUGAGAUUGCGAGGUCGAGGUUGAUUAAGAGACAUGUUUUGGCGGGGAUUGCGAGUGAUGAGGUUGAGGCGGAUAAGAGGGUGAGAGAGAAUGAUUUGGUUAAUGGUGAGGAAAUUGUCAAUUAUAGAUUACCGGUUCUGGAGAUUGUUUCGAGUAUCUAUGAUCCGACGUGGGAGAAGUCAUAG